AUGCCAGUGUAUGCCAAAUUUAUGAAGGAAAUGCUGACAAAGAAAAAGUCCCUAAAAGAAGGACAAAUUGUUGAGAUGACAAAGGAAUGUAGUGCUAUUCUCCAAAAAGAGUUACCAGAGAAGAAAGAUGAUCCUGGGAGUUUUUAUAUACCUUGCACUAUAGGAGACAUAACAAUUGAAAAGUCAUUCUGUGACCUUGGUGCAAGCAUAAACUUGAUGCCUUUGUCUCUAAUGAGGAAACUUCGAAUUUGUGAGCUGAAAUCCACACGAAUACUCCUUCAAAUGGCUGACAAAUCCAUCCAGCAAGCAGUUGGAGUUGUAGAGAAUGUGCUGGUAAAAGUGGAAAAAUUUCUUCUCCCAGCUGAUUUUGUCAUUCUGGAUAUGGAGGAGGACCCUAACACCCCAUCAUCCUAG